AUGGCCGGCGUUACUGGCAGUCUUCCGAGCCUUGAGUCUUCGCUGGCAUCAUCUCAGUCUGAGAAGGCUUUUAUCGUUGGUCCGGGGCAUGCCCCUAUUCCUUCACAAUUGGUGUCAAAAAUUAUAGGUGACCAGUUUGUCGAAUUGGCAGAUUUGUUGUCCGCGAACCUCCGAGCGGUGGAGCAGGAGCCGCAAACGUUCCUCGAUGGUAAGCUCAUGGUUUCCUCGUCAAAACGCGGGCAAGUGGAAAUAAAAGACAUUUUGACUUGGACCGAAGCCUUCGCUAUUUUUCAGAUGGUGCUGUGUGCAGCUCACCCUCAUCGUUGGCCCGAUCUGCUCAAGUAUAAGCUGCUCAUCAUUCAAACGGCU